AUGCCGGUUCGUGAACGAAUGAGGCGGAUCUUUUCCAGAAGUUCCUCUGGCACAUCUUCUCAGCACGCCAAAGCAAAGCCCACGACCGUGGUGCUGGCCGGAAUCAAGGCAGUCAAGGUGACGCCCAGGAUCGGCAAAGACGGAAAGCCUUUAAUUGAAAUCUACAAACCGCAUGAAGUUCCGCGAUCAAAGUAUCGCGGUCCAGUCGACGAAGAACACUCCCGGGCCCUGGCGGCGUAUUCCAUCCCAUCUGCUCUCUCUGACAGACCUCGGUCACUGGUCUCGGAUUUCUCGCCCAUGGGCACUCGAGCCCCAACACGAAGGAACAGUAUCGUCGGCCACGAUGCAGUGACGGGGAGGAUGUUAGAAGGGCUCGCUCGUGCGUUGGACGAGACGGAGCGGAAUAGCGCAUCAAACCGACAUGAUAAAUACUCUGCUCGAUUCCAAUGA